AAGUCAUAUUUGCAAUAACCGGUAUAAUCGCACGUUUGUUUGGCGCGUAUUACUUAGUUUUACUUGUCGGUUGGUUUCUGCCCAUUCCGAAACCAUACUCGACUAAAAUAUUAAAUAAUUAUCUAGUAUUAUUCUAUUGCAAUAUAAAUAUAUUAUAAUGUUCUUCUAACUACCACGUGGUAUAUUUUUUUCUAUCCAACAAUAUAAGUACAAUAUAAUAAAUAUUUUCUGUAAUUUGUACGUUAAAGACAAUUUGUCCUUAAUUUUUUGAUAAUUCGUGUAUUUUUUAAAUUCCCAUUGGAAAAUAUGGCUGUAAAUAUUAGUUCAACGGUUAUAUUAAACAGUAUAAUGACCACUCAACUGGACUUGGAAGAAUUAAAACUCAACAUCGACAAUAUGUUCUUAGUUAUCAAUGGAAUAAUUGUAUCCUUUAUGCAAGUAGGAUUCGCAUGUUUAGAAGCUGGGUGUGUGCAGCCCAAAAACGUGACUAACAUUUUGAUGAAAAAUAUAUUGGAUUUAUUCAUCUGCGCCCUAUCGUACUGGCUGGUGGGAUACGGUUUGGCGUACGGUGGCGGUGGUUGUGGAUAUUAUGGCAAGGAAUUCUUCGCGGGCGUCGGCAUGCCGUCAAGCCAAAACGGCGUGUGGUUCUUCCAGUACGUGUUCGCAGCGACCGCGGCAACCAUCAUAUCGGGGGCUGUGGCCGAGAGAUGCAAUUUCAUCGCUUACAUAUUCUACAGCGUUAUCGUAUCGGGUGUGACGUAUCCCAUCGCCUCACACUGGACUUGGUCACCCGACGGCUGGUUACUAAAAAUUGGGUAUACCGAUUUUUCUGGCGCCGGGACCGUGCACCUACUGGCCGGCACCUGUUCAUUCAUCGCAGCUUUAUUCAUAGGCCCCCGGAACGGACGUUUUAGCACCAUCGCUCCGAACAAAUACAACGGACAUUCGAUGCCGCUAGUGGCUACGGGGACCCUGUUGCUCAUAUCAGGCUUUCUGUCGUUCAAUGGCGCAUCCCUGGGCCAUAUUACCAAACCUGGUGACGGAGUCAUAGUGGCAAAUAGCGUGGCCAACACAAUUUUUGGUGGCAGUGGCGCGGCAGUGGUCAUACUGAUUAUGGCCAAAGCUGGUCUGGUUGGCGAGUCUAGGUGGCCGUUCGCGAUGACCAUAAACGCUGUCUUGAACGGAAUGGUAUCGGUAUGCGGAGGUGUCAACGAGUACACACAUUUUUCUGCAGUGAUGGUCGGCAUGAUUGGUUGUAUCAUUUACUUAGUAUUGCAAUGGGUUGUUCCACGUUUAAAAGUGGACGAUCCGCUCGAAACUACUGCCGUCCAUUUUGGAGGUGGAUUGUGGGGAGUGAUAGCUACACCGCUUUUUGUGAAAGGAGGAUUUUGGAACAAUCCCGAUUCUAUGCCACUAUUGAAAUCGAAUCUAAUUGGCGCUGGAUCUAUUAUUGUAUGGUCAGUGGUAAACAGUGCAAUAUUGUUUGGAUUCCUUAGAGUGUUUGACUUGCUCCGAGUGUCCAAAGAAAAAGAGAUUAUCGGUUUGGACAUGAGUCUUCACAAGGAACAAGCAUACCCAGUGACCAACAUUUUUAUUGAAAACGGACAUAAAAGCAACAAAACCACAGUCAUCAGACACGCCUACGACAAUGUGGCGAUGCAACACACCCUCCAACAGUGAGCAAAUAUCUCACCCUUUGAGUUUAUAUAUUAUAUGCGACAACAAUAUAUAAUAACUUGUAGAACCAUAUUACCUACAUAUAACAUAAACAUAUAUGACAUAAUUUUGAAUGUUCUAUCAGCCAAUAAUAUAAUACUAUAAAGGUAUAUAACGUAGGUAAUUUUAUAUUAUAUAAUUUAUUAAUUUAUUAUGUAUUAUGUGUUGUAUAGAAUAUUAUGAUACCUAUAUAUGUUGCUCAGGGUACCAGCCCACAGUGGCGUGCCGUCCAUUAGGAAGGAGUUUAGUAUACCUCUUCCCCCAGAUUGUAAUUUUUAUUUUUAGCCGUCCUACUUAAUACAGAGCUGUUAUUACUUAUUAACUUUAGUACCUAUACUAUGUUCCGUAAUUUUACAUACAUUAAGUAUGAACUAUAUGUUUAUAUACGGAGAGUCAUCAUACGAAUGUGUGGUAGGUCCUAUUAGGUACCUAGUAAACUUGUGUGCAAUCAGUUUUCAGUAAUUGGAAGCUGCGUCAAUACUAGGUAUAUGUAACGCUUAUAUUUUAUAGGUAUAUCACGGACUAUAAGCAUUAAGCAAUAUUAAUAAUAUAAUAAAGGUACCUAUCUACAUAGAA